CAGUGCUUCUUCGGUUGGUCGUCGGAGCUACGGCUGACAUGCGCCUGCGCCUGCGCCUUCACCUGCACCCCUCCUCUCCCGCCUACCUCGGACCAUUGCCUUUUACCGGCAUCCUGCACUCGCCUGCGAUCAGACGUUGGGUAGCGCAGCUGGACCUGCCAUAACGCUUGUCGCCCCAUUGCUUGAUUGCGUCAUGCGCACAGACGAUUUUUGUCACAUCUGCUGAGAAAAAAAGGUACACAGUAUACGCCAAUCAAGUACAGCGUAUGCAGUGAUUCAUCUGUCUCCUACAUACUCUAAGAGAGCAGGAUUCACUCCAACAUGUGUCAUUCCAACACAAGCUCCAGUGGAGCAUAUCGCGACAAUUCAGACGUGUCUCCUCAGAGAGGAUCUGUAUGUCUCACCCAAUGGACAGGACCAUUCAAGCUACUUGACCUCCCUCGGGAACUUCGGGACAAAAUAUACUACCAAUAUCUAUAUUGUCCGGGCUAUAUUUACUACACAGCUCAUGCCGACAAGACCUUUUGGGAAAGCCGAACCAAAAGCGAUGAUUUCCCAAAUUUGUUUACAGUGUCCAAACAAGUUCACCAUGAGGCAUUCAAGGUGUUCUGCGAAGCCAAUACCGUUGCGCUAGCCGUACACUAUAAUGCUCGGGAAGGCUACAGCAAGCCCCUUACUGGGCUCCUUCGUCUGUUCCCCGAUCGAGCCGCGGCGAGUCUGACUAGAGUAAGCAACACAUAUCGCGACGUUGUUCCGCGGCCAUUGGGACAAUGGGGUUAUGCACCCAGUCACGACAGUAUCGCCCAGGGCGGUGACGGAACCGGCAGGUAUCAAAAGCACAACUCAGCUGGGGAGACGUUUGUAGAGAUCUUGAGAGACGCGCAUAUCCUGAGGCAGUUCUUCCCGAAGCUGACUGUUUUUGAGGCAGACUGGUAUCCGGAGCCGCCGUUCUAUGAGUAUCCGGAGCAGUUGGGCCAAGUGCGUAAGAUUGCACGUUUGUGGAAGGAAGGCGCAGAAGAGGGAAAAAUAACAGAGAUAUGGUUCGACACGAUGCAAGGGUGGCUGCAAGGGAAAAAUGUGAUACCAUUGAGUUGUGUCAGGUUUUCUCUCAAUGGUUUUGCUGCAGAUGGCUUUGAGGAUGACUUGGACGUGUUGUUCAAUGAAGCAUAUGUAACACUAGUGAAGGAGCAGACGACUGGAGAUGAUAUCGAGGACAGCGGGAGAGCGUGGCUGGAGGCGAUGGACAAGGAGAAGACGACUAGGAAGAAGAAGAAGAAGGGCAGGAAGACACGAGAAGAGAGCGCAUAGGUUGAUAUGUGGGGCUGGCCGACGACGAGCUAGUAUUCUAGUUGUUCCCAUUAUACUAGAGGUAGCUGGGUAGUUGGGUAUUUGGCCAAUUGUAGUUCCUGUCACAUACACAGCUCCAUGGCUCUGCACCCCGCGGUGAUAACCCAAGCUCUUAUCCUCAACAUGACGCCGC